AUGAACAACGAGGUGUUGGCUCGACUCAAGCCAUUCGGCAUAUCAUUUGAAAAAUCACUCAAUGACUUGAUCAAAGGAAUUCGCUCCAAAUCGAAAGAUCUGCCUGAGGCACUUUCUCAGUUCAUCGACGCGGCUCUAGCCGAAUGCCGCUCCGAACUUCGUCAAACAGACCUCGAAACGAAAGCGAUGGCUAUUUUGAAGCUUGCAUAUCUUGAGAUGUAUGGAUUUGAUAUGUCUUGGGCAAACUUCUCCAUUUUGGAAGUCAUGUCUAGCAACAACUUUCAAUAUAAAAGAAUCGGCUAUCUUGCGGCUAUCCAACUGUUCAAAAACGAGCAGGAUUUGUUGAUACUUGCUACCAAUCAGUUCAAAAAAGAUCUCAACUCCAAAAAUCAUGCUGAAAUUGGGCUUGCUCUACUGGGCAUUGCAACUAUUGUUACACCCAAUCUAUCGAAGGACAUCAAUGAUGAUGUGUUAAUGAAAUUGAGUCAUCUGAACCCAUAUGUCAGAAAAAAAGCGAUACUAGCUAUGUACAAGAUAUUUUUACAGUUUCCUGACAGCUUGAGGCAAAAUUUUUCUCGAAUCAUUGAAAAAUUGGAUGACAAUGAUGUUGCCGUGGUACUGGCAUGUGUGAACGUGAUUUGCGAAAUCUCCAAAAAGAAUCCCAAGAUAUUUGUGAAUUAUCUUCCCAAGUUUUUUACUAUAUUGGAAGAAACGAAAAACAAUUGGUUGAUAAUCCGUAUCUUGAAACUUUUUCAACUUCUAUCGAGAGUUGAACCUCGCAUGAAGAAGAAAAUCAUGCCUUCUAUACUUGACUUAAUGCUCAAAACGCAGGCUUCAUCUCUCGUAUAUGAGUGCAUAAAUUGUAUCGUGCAAGGCAACAUGUUAUCUUCAGAAUCAGGGCGAGAUCGAGAAACAGCAAAACUUUGUGUCAACCAGUUAAUGGAUUUUUUCAAAACUAAAGAUUCCAAUUUGAAGUUUGUUGGUCUUUUGGCCUUGAUCAACAUUUUGAAAGUGUUUCCAUCUCUCAUAACUAGUGUGAACGGUGUUGACGAGGUAAUAAUGGAAUGUUUGACUGAUCAAGAUCAAAUCAUCAAGAGAAAGGCUCUUCAAAUUUGUCAGUAUCUUGUUAACGAAGACAACAUCACAAAGGUUGUCAAGAAUCUUUUAUUUCAGCUAAUCCCCAAAGAUUUUGCGAUAUCUGAGCAGCUUAAGCUUGAGGUGGCACUCAAAAUUGUUAGUCUUGCUCAGGAUAACAAUUACGCUAAUAUCCCCAACUUUCGAUGGUAUGUCGCAGUUCUUAAAGAUGUUAUUAAUUUGACGCUUUUGCCUCCUUCCUCGAAAAAUACUGCAACGAAUAUAGUUUCAAUCCUGCCGGUGUGUUCUUCUCGAAUUGCUGUGGAGCUUGGAAGGGAGUUCAAACUGCUUGCCACGAAAGUCCCGUCUAUCAGAUCAGUUAUUUUAACUGAUGUCGCGAUCCCUUAUGUCAAGGAUAGUAAGAUAUUUGAAGUUUGUCCAGCUUUAUUGGUCGAUUUGCUUUGGGUACUUGGCGAAUAUUGUGAGGAAUUUGACCACCCCCUCGAAAGUGAUGUUGGUGUGCAAACGGAUACGCCAUUCGGUCUUUGUCAAUUAAUUGAAGCAUUCAAUUUUAUUGUCGAUGUUUCGCUUCCCUCCUCGGAGAUAGCCCAACCCCACGAGUCUGAAAGACUUCUCAAUAUAUUGGGAGGGAAUCCGGAGCUCCUCAAAGUUACUAUUACGACGUUGGUAAAGGUUUUUUCGAGCAUUUGCAGUCACUAUCAAAAGGUUUACGUCAUUGAUGGGCUGAUGAACAAAAAGGAGUAUCUUGAUAUUUCCUACUACCUAUCAAAACUCACCCGGUUUUUGAUGCUUUGGGAACAUCACUACCACUAUGAGGUGCAGGAAAGAGCCCUCUCUUGGUUAGAGUUUCUCAGAAUAUGCUCGGAAGCAUUGGAAGUUGCUGGUAACUCAUUGUUGGACACCAUUCAAUUCGAGACUGCAGGUGAUGGUGUAACUGACCUGAGGUCAAAGGUGUCAGAAUAUGAAUCAGUACGCGGAGGUAAACCUUACGAAAAUUUCGAGAAUCAAUCCCAACAAACUGGGGCAAAUUCUGAUUUGGGUGAUAGCCUGCGUGAUGAAGAAGACAAUCGUCUCGAAAACCAGUAUAAAUUACCUUUCCUUUUGACAAACGUUUUUCCAUCUUUAUUCAAAUCAUAUGCUCUCAAUCCGGUCGCAAAAUCCGCUCAGAGAAGUAUUACAAUUCCUCAUGGCCUCAAUUUAGGUGACCCUAUCAAUCUGACCCCGCAACUACUCCCCAGUCGAAACCCAGUCGACGCGUACAAGGUGUAUGAUGAAAAUCUAAAUGAAAGCGCACUUAUUUCGCUAUCAGACGAUGACAUGAUGAAGAAUCAACGCAAAGAGCGUUUAGAACGCCAAAAGGAUGACCCCUAUUACAUCAUGGGUGACGAUGAUAUCAGGCUGAAGUCUGGAUCACCAAUAGGCCAGUUGUCCGAUGUUGUGAAGUCUUCAGCUUCAUCUAUUUCUAGCGAUAGGGUAAAAAAGCAGAAGGCACAAAAACUCAAAAAGGAGAAGGUGAAGAUUCUUUCAGAAGAGACAGUUGAAGGUUUUACUGGAUUUGAACGGGUCUCAUCUGAAGAAGCUCGACAAAUCGAAGGUAAAAGAAAGAAGAAAAAUCAAAUCGCAAUUGACCUGUCAAAGCUUGAUGGAUUUGAACUAGGUGAACUGAUUGGAAGUCGUGAGUCCAACACUUUGGAAUAUGACGCGGACGAUGUUAAUCUAGACGAAAUACGCAAAAAUCUUCUCAAAGUUUCGAUUGGUGAUAACAUCAAGAGCAAGAAAAAGAGAUCAAAGAAGGGCAAAAAGGAUGAUAAAGUUGGUGAACAGGAACCUUUUAAUGCAACUGAUAAACAGGUGACAAGCACAAAGCUCACUUUGAUUCAGCAAGAACAUCCUGAUAUUCACAAUAAGAAUCAAGCUCAGUCGGAGUAUAAUGAACACAACGUGAUAGAGUUUGUCAAGCCGAAGAAAAAGAAGAAAAAGAAGGCCGCAGUUAUUUCUGAUUAA